UCAUCGUCGUUUUCCACAUUACUUGUUUCUCUCCACAAAUUCAGACACAGAGCUGAUGAUGUCUUGGACCUAUGCAACCAUGCUGGCCCUCCUCUCUGUGCUUCUGGCACUUUCCUUGUCUCCAGAGGCCGACUCUGCAGCUGUGCCCAGCAGCAAAGGCAGCGCAAAAGAGCCACAAGGUCCGAUGAAGAAGAUCUUCAUGAAGGAGGCAGAUGCAGCAACCUUCUUCAGAAAACGCAGCAGACGAGCCUCAAAGUCUCAGGAUGAGAUUAAUGCUGAGCAGAGGCAGAUUCUGGCUGCAGAUGAACGAAUGAGAGAGUUUCACGAGGAGAAGAGGACCCGGUAUGAGAACUUCGCUGAAGAGGAGGAUGAUGAACAAAACGAGAGGAGCCGAGAGAGCACGGAGCAGUGGAGGGAGUUUCACUACGACGGGAUGCAUCCUCCUCAGGAGUACAACCGUCAGGCCAUCUGAGGCCUAGGGCUGAAGAUAGGAGAUGAUGUGAGCUUUAAGAGAAGCAACUCUAAAAACACAUGAGGCUUUUCUCCACCGACACUGAUGGUUGAGAUAACAGCUGAUUUUCAGCUUGUUUCUCAACCUUGUGUUGUUGAUAUUAGCUUUACAUCCUCCUUGUUUAGGAUCUAAACAGACCUUGCUAAAGUAAAUGUAAAUGCAAUAAUAACACAAAUAAUUAUUGCAUAGUUUUUUGUCUUUUCUUUUCAACUUUUGAAUUAAAAACCAAAUCUGUAGGUAUUGAAGUACUGUACCUUUCUAAUUUCCACAAACUGGCCUUACACAUUUAACGAAGGCGAAACGGUACAAAAACAACCACAAAACAUAGUUAUUAUGCAUAAAAAGAGAAUAUAUUAUAUUUAUAUUGUAUGGGCUGUUAAUUAACUAAAGAUCAUUAUCAUUUUCAUAAAUAAAACAUAAAGUAUUAAGCUGAUAAAAUAAUGUUAAGUAUGUUUUAAUAAAGUAGGGCCUGGGUUAAUAGAUGUGCAAUGACUUCAUGCUACAUUACCAGAAGAAUAAUGCAUGUGAAUAAACUGUAUAUAUAUAUAUAUAUAUAUAUAUAUAUAUAUAUAUAGUACUAACCAUACAUCCUGUAAUUACUCUAUAUAUAAUCAGUUGAGCUGACAGUUAAAUCUUUUAAUGUGGCAGUUCAGAUGUAUUUUUACUGUAAGAAAUGUGUACAAACUCUAGCUAACUCACUUACCUGAUAUUUACCCUCAAAGAAUCAACAACCAUGCAGACAAGCCUCUUUUUAAUACAGGAAACUACAACUCUAAAGCACAUUUCUGCAACAAUACGUAAUACAUGCAAACUGAGGGGCUCUCAAUGCUUCAUAUCUUUUGCUUUCUGUUGAUGUUUUUUUUUUUUUUUUGGAGAACAAAUAUAUAGGGAAGACAAAAAUAAAACACUCAAAGACCAAAGCUAACUGUGUUGAGAUUUUGUAUUUACAGUAAGUAGAAGUCAAUAUUCACCACAACAUUUUUAGAUAUUUAAAUAUGGCAAAGCCCUCGAUAUUGGGCAUAUUCUGGUGGAGUGUUGUUUUUAUAUCGUUCAUGUUGAAGGAUUUAAAAAUGAAAUAGAUGUACCACAGAGAAAAAUACAAAGACAGAUCCUGUCUCCUCUCCGUGUGAAAGUCACCAGAGAGCGACAGAAGAAAAGAAAGAAGGAGAAAGAGUGUUUCUGCUAAAUUCAACAGGCUGGUAU